GUGGCUGGAGCUUGAGGCGCGCAGGGCCGGAGACGCCGCAGACCCGGGACCCGGAGCAGCUCGGAGGCGGUGAAUAAUAGCUCUUCAACUCUGCAAUAAAAAAUGGCCUCCAAUAAAACUACAUUGCAAAAAAUGGGAAAGAAACAGAAUGGAAAGAGUAAAAAAGUAGAAGAGGCAGAGCCUGAAGAAUUUGUGGUGGAAAAAGUACUGGACCGACGUGUAGUGAAUGGGAAGGUGGAGUAUUUCCUGAAGUGGAAGGAUCUUACAGAUGCUGACAAUACUUGGGAACCUGAAGAAAAUCUAGAUUGUCCAGAGUUAAUUGAAGCGUUUCUUAACUCUCAAAAAGCUGGUAAAGAAAAAGAUGGUACAAAAAGAAAAUCUUUAUCUGACAGUGAAUCUGAUGAUAGCAAAUCAAAGAAGAAGAGAGAUGCUGCUGAUAAACCAAGAGGCUUUGCCAGAGGUCUUGAUCCUGAACCAAUAAUUGGUGCCACAGACAGCAGUGGAGAAUUAAUGUUUCUCAUGAAAUGGAAAGAUUCAGAUGAGGCAGACUUGGUGCUGGCAAAAGAGGCAAACAUGAAGUGUCCUCAAAUUGUAAUUGCUUUUUAUGAAGAGAGACUAACUUGGCAUUCUUGUCCAGAAGAUGAAGCUCAAUAAUUGUUUGCAUUGCUUUUUAUAUAUAUUUAUAUAUAUACAUAAA